CGAAAACGGCUUAAGCUCCGGGCAAAGAGCUAAAUGCCGACUGCCAGUGGCAAAGUAACAAAGUAAUUAUGAGAGUUUUGUCUAAUAGGCUUAAAAACGGCGGAAGGCCAAUUGGCAGGGCAGCAUGAAGAGGGUCAUGCUUGAGCAACAGUCGAGGCCAGAAGGGAAACAGACAUGGAUAUACAUAGAAACGGAAGACGAGCCGGUCGAGAAAUCCCCUAGGCAAGUGGAAAACAAGUCGAAGCCGCCUCGAAGGUGGAGAAGAGGCCGGCGGGCCUGUGAAACCAGCCCAGAACAUCACCAGCACAUUUCAGGAACCCAACCCAACACAACCCGGCCAGGCCAAGCGAUCCCGGGGCGAAUUGAACCCGAUCCCCUCGUGCUGCUUUAUGGCAUUGGGCGCCACCCAAUUAAAAGGCACUCGCCGGCCAUUAAAACCCUGGCCAGAUCGGGAAAAUCGGGCCCAGUGCAACAUUUCGCCGUAUUUUUUGCAAUUAGAGAAUUAUUAAAGUGUCGUUAAACGGCCGGGGAGUCUGGCAUAUGAA